GAGGAUCGACAACACCGCGUCGGAGGAGGGGGGGGGGGAACGUUGGGAAAAACGCAGCGUCGGUCCAGCCUCCCACGUCCAACGAGCAGCGAACCCGCAACGAAGUGAGAAUCAGUCCAGAUCGGGAAUGCUUCAUCAGGAUCAGCCUCUGGCCUACAGAGGUCAAAACACAAAUCGCUCCUCUUCCUCAGUGUCAAGGAGGAAAUAUGAUCAAGAUGCCAACCAUAAUUUCCUGACGAGCAAUGGAAGAGGAAGAGGCGAUGAAAAUCAAAACCUGCAUCGCCCUAGUAAACUGGGCCCUCUGGGCCCCGACCUGAAAUCCUCCCCAAGCAACUCCGGCAUCCUAUCACCUCGCUCCCGCCUGCCCUACUGGAGCACGCUGGAGCCCCUUCAGGAAAUCGAAUACGCUGAUGACGGCUAUGGCCGAGUGCCUCCCGAUGGAGCUGAGGAAAAGAGGAUGGAGGAAGAGGAGGGACAGAUGAUGACCAAGCACAGGGAGAAGAUGGAGUUCCAGAGGAGGAAAAGCAGCAACCGAAGCAGGGAUGACCCGGAGGAGAUGAUGAAGCUUGAAAAUGACGACGAGUGGGGGGACAGCGGCUCGGACUCGGACUCUGGCGGGAGCAUGUCCUCCAUCCGAUUGGAGAAGGGAAGCAACUGGUUGUCGACGGGAGGCUUGGAACGGAUGGCGUUUGGGGAACAGAAGUUGAGCCGCCACGACAGCGAGCCGACCAGAAGUAGAGAGUCAUCGGGAAAACGGAGAAGCUUAGGCCGCAAUUCCAUAUCGGGAAGUCACAUGGAAGACCUCCCGGAGGAAGGAGCGGAGGAGGGGCAUGACCAGUCAUCGGAUUCUGAUGGCGAGCUUCCCGAAAUGAUGGAUGCCGUGUGGACUCUGCGGGACCGCGAGAGGUUCAAGGCUCAGGAGAUGGAGAAGCAUCAGGUGCAGCUGACCAUGUACCGGCGCCUGGCUCUGAUCCGUUGGCUGCGCACCCUGCAAGGACGCGUGGAGGAGCAACAGAAUCGCCUGCAGUCCAGCUUUGAUAUCAUCCUCACGCACAGGAAGGAACUGUUGCGCAUGGGUGCCGCCGUGGUCAACGCCCCGCCGCCCGCCGCCGUGGGACAGUCAUAGGAGCGGAAACGAGGAACAAUGAAAGCGAUGUUAAUUUCAUCUGAGAUAAAAAGGAAGAAAAAAAAACAUCUGUUCACAAGAGAUGUAUUAGCAAGGCAAAGCAACGGGAAGCGCUCUGAGUUAUUGACAUCGGGCAAUUUCAUCCAGUUAGAAGCCGGGAGCAAGUAAAUACGUCCAUUUUUAAUUUCAUGUUAUUUUUUUAUUUUUUUUGUGGAAAAGGUCACCCUUUCGGAAACUCAAUCUGAUGGGUCCAAAUAAUUAACCCAACUUUGGGUAAAAUUAACCCAAUCUGCUCAAAGUCCAGAGCUACCCAGCAACCUUUUUUUUUUUUUGGUGCGGGGGGGGGGGGGGGAUAGUAACUAGGGGAGUUCCUCUUUUAUCAUUUGAAUAUAAACUGCAAAGGAAAAGCAUCAAAUCUGCGAAUAUGUAUCCGAAUUUGCACACUGUGAUGUCAUGUCAAGGUGACAACCCCCCCCCCCCCCCUCCUCCCAUCCCAAAAAAAUGUAUUUCCCUUUUACUUGCACUUUGAAAAUGAAGUUAGAAUCUGUCGAAAUGGAUUAUAUAUAUAUCCUUUUUUUUUAAUAUAUUUGUUCAGAUUCACCAAAAUUUAUUUAUCCCUGUGGGGCAAUUAGAGUGCGUGUUUAAGAUCUCAGUUUAACCGAGAAAUUAUUACAAUCUAGAGUCUCAUAUAUUCAGUAUAUUUUCUGUUUGUUUGCUUGUUUUGUUUUUGUUUUACAUGUUUUGUGACUGGAAUGAUCGAAAAUCUUGUUGGUGACUUUCUGACCGACUGGAGUCUAUAUCUACCAUAGUAAACCUUAAAAGUAGUAAAAGGAAUGAUGUUUAUUUUUAAAAAAAACAAAAUUAAAAAAUGAAGAAUGAAAAAGCCUCAUUGCGGGAUUCGUGUAACUCAAGUCUUUGAUUGUGGCCAACAUCUCAGAAUCGUGUUGUGAUCCUCUGUAUAAAGACGGUUAAACAAAUGUCAAUAAAGAUAUCAAAAUAG